CACUUUUGUUCAUGUACAUUUAAACAACGCAUGUAACUCCUUGCCUCUUCUUUAGCCAUGAGUUUCUUCAACCUAAACCUACCCGAAAAUGAUCUCACUUCGUCUUCAUCAUCGACUUUGUCCCCUCGUAGCAACCACGAACAACGAGUUUUCCCUUGCAACUACUGCAGGAGAAAAUUCUAUAGCUCACAAGCACUUGGAGGCCACCAAAAUGCUCACAAAAUCGAAAGAAACUUGGCGAAGAAGAACCGUGAACUCAGUUCGGCUGUUAGAACUCAUUCAGGGUUCAACCAGUCCACAUCAAGAUCCGGUUCCGGUGGUGUGAGCCAUGGUAGACAGGUGCAGCCACCGGUCAUGAUUGGGAUUAACCAUCAUGAACAUGUUGGAAGGUUCAUUGGUAGUGAUUUGAAUAGAGGGGUGGAUUAUAGUUAUAAGGGUGAGAGUGUUGAAGAAGAUUUUAGCCAGCUUGAUUUGUCUCUUAGACUUUGAGCAACUAACUUUUAGUAUUAUGUUUCUGAUGUUUACUACAUCUUGGCCGGUUUGUAUUGUCAGUGUUUUUUCCUAAAGGCUUUUUUUUAAAUGAUUUGAGGCAUUCUUAGAAUAAGUAUUAAUGAACCUCAAAUCUUAUAAAUGUUUCUCAAUCAUGCUUUGCAUUAAUGGAUGAACAAGAAAAGCUCUACUUGUUA